GCUCGGGGGCGGGGCCGAGGCCUGGCGCGCGCCCGGGCGGCGCGAGCGGAAGAGCAAGAGCUUCGAGGAGGCUGCGGAAACGGAGACCGACUGCACCCCUGAUUGAAGUGGUGCCAUGCAGCAAGAAACAGAGAGAUGCAGAGUUCGAGCCAGAAGGCCUGACAUGGCGCUUUAUGUACCCAAAGCUCGAAGGGGCAUAGUACUACUCAAAUCAGGUGAUGAGGGCAAAAGCUGUGGCCCACCUAACUCCAUGGUGAAAGAAGAACAAAAGGAAGAUUCUGUCUCCCAAAAGAAGGUCUUUAGAGACAAACGUGAGGCUCAGAGACUAAGUAUUAAUCCUGAUAAAAAGGAGCACAAUCAUAGGGAAGGGAAGAAAUCCUCAACAAAAUUUAAAAAAGACACAUGCCUUCAAGGAAGAAAUAAAAAUAGGGUUUGUACUAAGAAGGCAGUCACCGAAUCCAACGAACUGUUAUCCCAAGGACAUCAGCAAAGAGUCUCAAAUCCUGGGAUUAUAUGUAGUGUACCUUUGCAAAGAUGUUUUAAACCAAAGAAGGCAGCUAUAGAGUGUUCAGAGGUUAAAAUCACAGAUGUGUCAGGACAUGAGAGGUUGCUUCUAUCUCAGUCUUGUUCAGAAAUCAAUGAGGCUCAGCUUUCAAACAAACCAUUCCAAAAUAUGGAAUUCUGUGAUUUCAGUAGGCGCAAAGUAAGUGGGGAAACAUCUGAAGACAGAGAUUUGGAAAGCAGAAUUGAAACUGAUGCCAAGGUCACGGAGAUAGUAUCCCAGUUUCCUGGAGAAAGUUCUGUGUUGAAACCUGAGAGUGUGAUUGCAUCAGUAAAACCAAGCUCUGACUGUGGAAUUGUACAAGCCAUGCAAACAUCAGGUGGAAUGUUGAAGCUCAGCAGUGGAGGCCUCACCACUGAUUCUCUUCCUGGAAGUCCAGAUGGUAUCAUUGAUCAGAAUCAUGGAGACUUUAAUGCUGAGAAUGUUAGUGAUACGGCCAACAGUACAGAUUUCAUCUUGAGUCAGAGAACUGUAGAUUCCAUUCCUGAGACUAUGGGUCAUAUCUCCCAUCAAAUGACUAAAGUUAGCAAUUUAGAGAAGACGAAUGGCGUUUUUGAUCCAGCAGUGAUUAGGGAAUGUGAGGAGAAUGAUGGCACUGCUGAUGAGUUAUGUGUAAAGCAUGAAUCUUCUGAUACAUCUGUCCUUGCUCAUGAAACAUACACAGAUAAUGGGACUAAGAGUGUAGGUGACAUUACCAAUAAGGCAUGUAUGAUGAACAUUACAGAUAUCAUAUCUGAUCAAAUAACUGUAGGCAGCCCUUGUUUAGUUGCAGCUAGAGUAGCUGAUGAGGCCUGUAGCGACACAAGUAGUUUCUCAGACUAUUUAGAAAUGAUGUAGAUACAGCCCCUCUUCAUGUAGCUAAAAGUGGGAAUGACACUGAAAAUAGCAGCAGCCUGACUGCUUGCUCAGAUAUUUAUGUUGAGAAUAUUUCAUCUAGUUUCACAGAGUCAACAGGAAAGUUGAUAGAAAGUUUGUCAGAUUGUGCUUCUUCCUUACCUAUAAAGAAGAUUGCUGGUAGCAAUUGUAACACAUUUUUGGACUCUGAACUCAGUAUGUUAAAUGGGACAAAAGUACUUUCAGACAGUGCCUUGGGCAGUGAUCUAGAUUGUACUGGUGAUGUAACUGAGGCAUUGCAUGAACUAAAAACGCUGAAGAGUUCAAAACAGAAGAGGACUCAGAGAAUAUAGAAUUUGGUGUAUCCUUUCCUGAUAUGGAAUCAAUAUCUAUGGAAACCUCCAUGAACCUGAAAGCAACGGAAAUGUCUCACACAGAAGGAAGCACUCCUAGUGAGGAGAGUUGGGAGUCUAUGUUUAAUGAUGACGGCGACUGCCUGGAUCCACAUCUUCUGCAAGAGUUAUCAGGGAAUAUGACGAAUAGAGAAAGCAUCCAGGAACCUAGAUUCGAUUAUUACAACCAUGAAGUUCCUGAUACUGACCUCAGUGAUUGUGAAUUCGCACAUGUCAUUGAAAUUUAUGAUUUCCCCCAAGAAUUUCGUACCGAAGAUCUCCUACGGGUUUUCUGCAGUUAUCAAAAGAAAGGAUUUGAUAUUAAAUGGGUGGAUGAUACACAUGCCCUAGGAGUAUUCUCCAGUCCGAUUACAGCUCGUGAUGCUCUGGGUAGUAAACAUAGCAUGGUGAAGAUGCGGCCCUUGUCACAAGCCACUAGAGCAGCCAAGGCCAAAGCUAGAGCUUAUGCUGAGUUUCUCCAGCCAGCAAAGGAGCGUCCUGAGACUUCGGCAGCCCUAGCCAGAAGGUUAGUCAUCAGUGCCCUUGGAGUUCGAAGUAAGCAGAGCAAAACAGAACGGGAAGCAGAGCUCAAGAAACUGCAGGAAGCCCGAGAGAGAAAACGAUUAGAAGCCAAGCAACGGGAAGACAUCUGGGAAGGCAGAGACCAGUCUGCAGUUUGAACAUCACUCCGUGAUAGGGAUAAUUCCAUGAAUUCAGGAAAGAUUUCCAUAAUCUUCAGAAAAGGGGAUUUUUCCCGAGCUCUGUGUACAUGCCGAUGAGCAUGUUAAUGAAAGACAGAGAUAAAGCAAAGGGAUCAAGACCAGGGCUGACCAGGGACAGGAGGAGGAUAGGCUCCUGUCUGUCUUCCCUCCUAAACGCAGUUCUUUGGAAUCACCUUCCUGUGUUGGGCAUGGAAGGGAGCCAUCAGCUGGAGAGAAACUCGGAAGAUGUGACUUCAGGAGUCCUGGACAGGACACAACCGUUAGCACUUCCAAGGUGUUCCAAGCAAAUACAAAACAGAGGAUUCAAAUCUGAAGGGAGAUUAGGUAGGCCUUGCAAAGGCAGGGUGUUCCAUAGUGCCUCACAAAGCUGAGAACAGCAGUGUUGCAGGGGCAGGUGAGGUAGGGGCAGGGGCGGGGCACAGGGAACGGAGCUGUUGGUGCAAAGAGAUGGCACCGUGUCUCAUGUAUGUGGUACUCACAGAAUCUACACGCCAGUUCCAGAACCCGAAGUUGGCGAACUGCCACAGGUGUUAGGUGUUUGGACCCUGGAGUUUGUACUAAGCUGAGGGCCUGGGCCGCUCCAGCUGCACAGCAGUCAAGGCCAUGCCAGCUUCGUUCCUCAUGGGAAGCCAGUCUCUUGGGAGCUGCAUGCCAGUUCCAGUUUAAGCAGUUCUGUUGUGUUGUAAGAGGAAGACAUUAAAGCCCAUUUGAUGACUUCUGUCA